AACUUACCGCUGCCCCACCGGGGGACAUAUAUUUUACAGGAAUGGAGUGUAUCGCGUUUUACAUCUAGCCUAAUUACACACGCACCUGUAUCUUAUCUCCAGUGUUGAGACAUCAAAUUUAGUUAUUAAAGUCUUAAAGUAAGCUAAAUGUGCUAGGUGGCAACUACUUUAGGGAUAAUAGUAAUAUGAUGUUGAGGUAAAAAAUGGCGAAAUUUAGAGGUUCUAGUGCAAAUUUGUUAACGUCACACUCUCGGGAAUUAGGCAGUCAGGUGAAAAAAUGUUCAUCAUGGACUCAUUAUCACUUUUCGGCAUUUUUCAUUACAUUUUUUAGCUAUGCCAUUUUUCACGCAACAAGAAAAACUUUUAGCAAUUUAAAGACCACAAUUCAAGCAGAAUGGACACCUUUUAAUAGGACUUAUCCUGAUUUUUAUGAUUUUCAGCAAUGGAACAAGCGACACCUGUUUGAAGAUAACUAUGAUGCUUCAUUCUUCUUAGGUACUUUGGAUACUGUCUUCAUGGUUUCAUACUCAAUGGGACUGUUUGUCAGUGGUGCUCUCGGAGAUCGAUUUGACCUAAGAAAGGUGCUGGCCGUAGGGAUGUGGCUCUCGGCAAUUAUGACUUUCUUAUUUGGCACUGUGAGUGGUUGGCUUCACAUCUACAACUACUACUGGUAUGUGGUCUUUUGGAUGCUGGGAGGUCUGGCACAGUCAUCAGGAUGGCCAUGUGUGAUAGCCAUCAUUGGAAAUUGGUUUGGUAAGUCUAGUCGUGGGCUGGUAACUGGGUUGUGGGGAGCAUCUCCAUCUGUGGGAAACAUAAUAGGUGCUUAUACCGUUGCAUCUGUUCUCCAUUUUGGUUUUGAGUAUGCCUUCUUAGUUCCAGCUUCAUUGAUGUUCAGCUGCGGUGUUGUGGUUUAUUUCAGUAUUAUUCCUUCUUCUCGUGAUGUAGGUUUGCCAGAGACUUGUGAUGAUAAGUCAGAUAAAGAACCUCUACUUGGGACCAGUCUUGUAGUCUCAGAUACUGUUAGCUCUGAUAGCAAGGAAUCACUGUCUAGACCUGAUGCAGUGAGCUUCAGUUAUGCUGUAUUCAUUCCUGGUGUAAUACCUUACUCAUUAUCGUAUGCCUGCCUCAAGAUGGUCAACUAUUCUUUCUUCUUCUGGCUACCUUACUACCUUCAGAGUAAAUAUGGUUGGUCAGAAGCAGUAGCAGAUCGCCUAUCUGUAUGGUACGAUAUGGGAGGAAUUGUGGGCAAGUGUUAACUACUGAUGGUUGUAUUUCUCUGUACUUGUAUAGCUAAGUCAGACAAAAUUGGAGUUCGUUCACCUAUAAUGGGGAUUAUGUUACUUCUUUCUCCAGUAUCACUCUUCCUUUACAGAGUUUCAGGUCCAGAUAAAUUAACAAAUGCCUUCCUGAUGAGUAUUUCUGGGUUUUUUAUUUCUGGAGCGGCAAACCUGAUCAGCACAGCCAUUGCUGCAGAUCUUGGCAAACAGAAAAAGUUAAGUGGAAAUAAAGAAGCUUUGGCUACAGUCACUGGUAUAGUAGAUGGAACAGGCAGUGCUGGUGCAGCUGUUGGACAACUGCUAGUGCCACUACUUCAGAGAGACUUUGGGUGGAACUCUGUAUUUUAUCUCUUCAUGGUCAUG